AUCUUUUCUCGCAAGUGUUGUCCUUUUUCCCGUCCGAUAGAAAAAUAUUUCUGUUGAAAAAAAAGUGAAUUUCGGUACUUUCAACAAAGUUUUUGUUGCCGUAAAAAAUCGUACAGCUUGACCUGGUUGUAUGCUAUAAAAGUCAGUGGUCUAUAACCCGAUCUGGCAAAAUAACGGUGCUUUUACUUUAGUGCUGCCGAUGCGCUGGAAUUUCUCUAUGUAAUCCAAUAUGCGAAACGUCGGCCCAAAUCACCACCAUCAGCGAGACGGGCGGAAGUCGUAAUCAAAUUGUGCAAUAUUGUGGCUCAAUACCAUUCGCUCUCUGUCUUGUUUCGUCGUCGUCGUCGUGAUUGAGGAAAUCACAACACUUAGUAAGGAUAUUGUUGCGCAGCGUCAACGGAUCGGAGAUGGAACCGGAAAAUUCCAGCAAAUAUCAGAAACUGGCUGCUGAAUAUUCAAAGCUACGAGCUCAGGCCAGCGUCUUGAAGCGAGCCGUUUUGGAAGAGCAGAACAAAAACUCAGCGCUCAGAGAAUCGCUUCAGGUGAAGGAAGCGAAUCUGCGAAAAUCGCUACAGGAGGUCGAUAGUUUGGGAUUUCGAAACAAGCAGCUGGAACGGACGGUGGCAUCGCUACAGCAGGAUCUAGAAGGACUGAAGAAGGUCAAUACCAAAGGGCAAAAGUCCAAGAACGCCACCAUCAACGACACGAUUACGUCGGUGGAUACGAAACUGAUGCAGGAGGAACUGGAGAAGAAGAUUCUGGAGAAUGCACAGCUGAUGAUGCAGAUGGAGGACAGGCACGCGGAGAUCAAACAGUGUCAGGUGCGGAUGGACGGGCUAAAUCGAGAGCUACAGCAUCAGGCUGCUGUGGAGCAGAAACUGAGGAAGGAGAUGGAAGUCCUGGCAUUGAGGAAUACCGAGUUGGAAGCGAAGAUUUCCGAGGCUGCUAGCACGAUUGGCAGUGAAGACGGGCUGAGUGUAACGGCCGACAUGGAGAACCACUACAGUACUAGUAAUCAUUUUAGCAGUAAUUCGAGUCAAGCCAUGGGUGCACCUGGUAGCAAUAACAAUGGUCAUCAUCUUCAGCACCACAACAACCAGGGUUCAGGCGGUGGUAGCAGCAGCAACUGUGAUUAUAGGAUAGUAUUUCUCGAGAAGGAACUGAGUCACUGGAGGGCUCAGUACGAGCUGCUCAAAAUCGAAACCACUAGUCAUCGGGGAGCGCACGGGGCGGCGGCAGGUGCUGCAAGGAAGGAUGAUGAAUUUUCGCUGGAGGUUGCUGAAAAGAACGCGGAGGACAAUCAGAUUCAGAGCGAACAUCAGUCACGGGAGCUGAAGCUAACGGAGCGCUUUACCAAGAGCAUAGGGGAUCUAUUCCAUGACAAGUGCCGGGCGGAAUCGAAGCUGGCAUCGCAUUUACUAGAGUCUCAAAGACUGCAAUCUCAUCUGGAUAUUACGAAAAACCGACUGAAAGACAGCGAGGAGGCCAUUCGAGACGAGGAACACCGAUAUCGCAUCAUCGAAGAUGAACUUGCCCGCACCCGCCUAAACUACGAAGAGCAGAUCAGCGUUCUCACCGAGCAGGUGGUAAGCCUGAGCGAACAGUUGGCCAGCUGCAAGUAAACCCCUACUCAGUCAAACGCCGCAACUACUUCCGUUUACACCAGGAUGGCACCCAAAACUGUGGGUGGUCUCUCCAUUAAUAUUAACUACAACUGCUACCAUUGAAUCAAACAGAGAACAAGAAAUUUUCGCGUUGUGGAAAUGGAUCGAAAGAACAUUCGUUGAAUAAUUACUAUCUUUAAGUUGUUGAUUUGAAACGAAACCGAGUCGCAUUCCUGUUCGCAAGCGGAAUAAACGAAUAACUGUUUAAUUAGAGAGUAUUAUAACCUUUUUUUUUCCUUUUCUAUAAGCUGUGUGUAUGUAAAAGAUCAAUAUAUAAAGACAUUUGUGGAUGAAAUUAUUGAAUGA